GGGGCAGGGAAGGAAGAAAUGCGUGUGCUGGAAAGUUGUUUGCCUCACAUGGAAUUAGAUGGAUAGAUGGAGAGAGGUAUUUGGGAGGGGAGAUGAGUUUAGGUUACACACAGAGUUCCUGCUGUCACAGGAGGAAAUCCUGAGAUUGGGUCAGUUGAGCCUCAUCGUAUCUGUUUCUGUUCCUCUCUGUAGCUCUCGGUCUUUUUGUUUUUUUCUUUUUCCCUCCGUCUUUGUGUUUUAAGUGCCUUUGAUUUUAUGAUCUACAUCUCGAAUCAGAGCAGACUACCCCACUCUGAUGCCCUUCCAUGUCCUUCACAGCUGGAUGAGGCACUGAAAGGAAAGCACAGCAUCGGGGGUUAGUGAGGAUGAAUUCGGCAGGCGCGAUGCCACCCUCUCCUCCUGAACGCUCAGUGUCCCGAGACUCUCAGGAUUCCAUGGAGGAUUAUUGGAGUGAAAUGAGGAACAUUGAAGAGGAUUGCCAAGGAGGCCAGGAGGAGAUGAUGGAGAAGGGCAGCAUUGAUGAAGCGGAACUGGAGGAAGCGUGGCUGCAUGAAGCGGGUCUCUCGACGCUGGUGUCUGGAGCUCUCACUGACAGUCCUGCCGAGGCUCUCUUGUCCACACUCACCCAAUCACAAGCCGCGAUGGUGAAGAAACGUCUGAACAACUACACUCAAACACUACGCAAGAGGAACAAGCAGCCCAUUCGCCAUGUCCGGGAUGUCUUCUCCACCACUGACACGCCGCCUUCUGAACCAACACCCACAGUAUCUCCAAAUGGGCCGGUUACACCAGUAUUGCCCCAUUGGACACCUCCCAAAGUUCGUAAGUCAUGUCCAGUGUUCAACCCUGUGGAGAGCAGUAUGCCAGAGUGUCAGUUGGAGCCGAAUAUCUUGUCCUUUGAAGUGCCGUACUCUGAAGGAGUGACAGCUCAUCGGAAAGGUCGUGACUGCGUUGACUGCCAGAGGAUCUGCAAAGGAGACAAGGAUUUACAAACAUUUCAGAUUGUGAAGCCUAAGCAGGGGUUGACCAGAGUCCAGGACCUGUCCUCUGAAGACAUCAAGAAGAUCGGCUAUAUCGCUUUGAUAGAGUUAACCACAUUUUUUGAUGCCCUGGGCAUUGAACUGAAGAGGAACCGGGUGGUUCGUAGCAAGGUGCGGGAAACUGGCUUAUUUGGAGUUCCCCUGACUACACUGUUGGAAAAUGACCAAAAGAAAUUUCCUGGCUCUAAAGUUCCUCUUGUUUUUAAAAAGCUGUUGUCGAAGUUGGAGCAGACAGGGCUGCAGACGGAAGGAAUUCUCAGGGUGCCUGGCUCUGCCUCCAGAGUAAAGCAUUUGCGUCAGGAGCUGGAGGCGAAGUUUUACAACGACAGUUUUGACUGGGAGCAGGUGAGACAAAAUGAUGCAGCUGGUCUGCUGAAGAUGUUCAUCAGAGAGCUGCCGUACCCACUGCUCACGCUGCAGCACCUGCCUGCCUUCACCGCUGCACAAAAUAUCACGUCACACAAACACCAGUUCCAGGCUCUGCACCUUCUCGUCCUGCUUCUGCCUGAAGCUAACAGAGACACACUGAAGGCUCUGCUGGAGUUUUUAAGGAAGGUAGUGGCAUACGAGGAGAAGAACCGCAUGAGUCUGUGGAAUGUCUCCAUGAUUGUGGCACCGAAUCUUUUCACGUUAAGGGGAAAGAAGGCCAAGCAGGAGGAGAUGCAGGGGGCAGCCAGGGCAGCUCACCUCGUUCGCCUUCUUAUCAUCCACCAAGACCUUCUUUGGACGGUGCCCUGUUUCUUCAUCUCUCACGUGCGGAAAAUGAACGAGGCUUCCAUGAGCAAAAAGACUCCCAGCUCCGAGAAGACAAAGAGGAAACUACUGAGGAGACGCAACCUUGACAGAGACAAAGAAAGGAGUGAGGUGACUGAUCUUCGUGAUGGGGUCAUCAGAGUGCAGGCACCACUACAUGCUAAAAUCUCCAUGGCAAUCCAGCUGGACACUAAGACGAAGGCUCGGGACGUGAUGGCAAGAUUUGAUAUCGAGAAUGGGCAAGCGUCUCGAAACAGCAGCAGAAAACAGAAGCAUUAUUUGUUUGAGGUUGGAGGGAAUAUAGGGGAGCGAUGCCUUGACCCGGACACUCAAUUGCUAGAGGUGUACCGUGUCAACCCUCACUGUGAAUGGGUCCUGAAGUCCAGAACAACCUGAAAAUAUUUAGGCCUCUGCACGAGAUAAGAAUGUGGACGCUACAGCUGGAUCUCCUUUUCACACAUCACUGAAAUGAGGGUCAUGAAACCAGGAGAUCGGAGAAACGUCUCUUUUCCAACACACUUAAACACAAGCUUUGAACAAUGGAGCUGAAACAACCUUUUCCGGCCACUUUUCAGAUAUUUCGAAGGAUUUCGCUUUAUACUUAAAGUGGAAAGCUGAAUUUGAGACAGGUGCUCUCUUGAAAGAGGACUUUCCUUGUUCCUUGCGUCAAACAGGAACAAUGCAAUGCUGGCCAUUGAGAUUUGUUUGAUACCAGAAACGUGGGCUUUUUUUUUAUUAUUGAUUUAAGGCCACUGUUGAAGCACGUUUUCCGAAUGCCUACAAGGCCUCAAGUGUAAAAACAAAGAGGAAAAAAAAAAGCAUGUACAUAUAAUAUUUAUACCACUAAUUUAUCCAGGUAUCACUUUUACCAUGUAAACAAUAGCCGAAUUUUGUAUUACUUGCAUACACUGACUGCAUGCUUGCAAUUAAGCCAUGUGAACUUUAUAAACUUUAUGAUUAGGUACAAUACGCAUACUGAUCAUACAGUCAUUAUUAUUAUUAUUAUUAUUAUUAUUAUUUUACCAAGUGUAAAUGCCAAUUCACAAUGUGCUGAUGUGGAUUCAGUAGCUGUGCUGCAUGAAACCCUAACAGGCUUUAGUGACUAGGCUGUGUUUUUUUUAAGCACUACGCUAUGAAAACUUGUUGCACAGUAACCUGCGGACUGUGAAUUUACAAUGCAAACGAGACUCUCGACUGUUCGGCACCAAAAGUGACGUGGAUGCGGUCAGACAGGCUCGUGGUGGAGCAUUGGGUGUCUGUGCUGGAGCAGAGGAUUGUCUCAACGAGCUGAUAAGGACUGGUUUUACAUUACGCUCUGGGCCGAGCUUCAACUUUACUCUCUAAUCCCAAAGCCUGUUUAGAGUUCGGCCCAAAAUCCGGCUCAACCUGCAUCCAGUAGGCCGGUCGUACAUCUCGCCAACACCACUGUUACUCUUAACACUAAGUAUUGUAAGCAAAAAUGAAACUCCUCAUUACUCUAGUAAUUGGUUCUGUUUUUGUACUUUUUUUUGCUAAACUGUAAUGUAAUUGACUGUGUUAUAUUUUUAUUUUGUUUUUGUAUUAACAUGAUUUGACACCGCCAA